CCGGCUCAUGGUGGCAUGCCUGUUUCUUUUCCCUCGAAUUAUGUUGUAUUCUACAAAAUUGGUUUGUGUUCUACGGAUUUAGAAGGACAAUGUUCUCCAAACAAGGUGAUGGAAGUUGUGAUAGUGAGAAAAGGCCAGAUAUCGCUGAGUGCUCAAGUGACGCAAGCUCCACCAGAAAAAAACUGCUAUUUCAAAACCUCCUUCAGAGGUAUUACCAUCAAGUGACUAAUGGUUGUGGUAAAAAAAACUGUGAGAACAAAUCAUGCGCUCAGAACAGGUCAACACCUGUUGGCAACGAUGAAGGAGCUGCUAUCGCUUUGCAGUUAUUCAAAGAAAGAGCGAAUCUUUGUGUUGCAGAACUUCCUAUAGAUGGUAAAAGACCAAAAGGUCAAGAAACAAAAAUUCCAGAAAAAGAAGAGCAACAUUUGACAGAGGAAAAACUAAAUGAGCUCAUAAUUGCUUGUGAAAGAGAUGACAAUUUUAAGCCAUUAGUUAGACUUCUUGGAGAUGUCUUCACUAAAUCUUCAUCACUAAGCAAAAGUUUUCCUGCAAAGUCCGGCAAUGCAGACGCUGUUGACUUCGAGUCGGUCAGAACAACAUACGAAACAUUGUCUAACCUGCAGAACCCUGCCGUUGAAAAUACUCUAGUUAACUCUCUGGGAACAUUGUCAACAUCCAUCGAAGUUGAAUUAAAACGCAAGUCGCAUGUUGGUAAUUCCAAUUAUUUCAAACUAUUUCUCAUCAUCUUUGAAAAUCCUUAUUUGAAUCAGCCGGAAUACUUGGAGAACGCUCUGCCGUGUUUUUGCAAAGCUGUGUCGUUACUUCCCUUCAAUAUUCAAGUGCAGCUAGUCCUCGAGUGGAAGAAACACUCGAAAGAUUCGUUGAAAAGGAAAGUUGAAAUGCUCCAGCAUCUUAUAACGCUUCGUGUGAUUGAUGGCCCAUCAUCAAGGUGCAGUUCCGUCACCGUCAACGAAGAUCCAGUCAUAGCUCAUGUUACGAAAUGUUUGAAACUGUUUUACUGCGCUUCGCUUUUGGGAGGAAAGUUUGAUCACUUGAGUUCAACGGAAGAGGCUAUGGAUACGGGCGAGUCUGAUGAAGAGGACACCUUGGUAAAAAGACUUGAUUUGGAUGCAUUGGACUGUAGGGAACCCCUACUACCUUUUGACGAGUUCAUCAACGAGCCAUUGAACGAAGAGAUCGCCGUAGACCGAGAUUUUACUUUGUAUAAAACAAAAGAGGGUUUUUCCUUCAUGGAUUGUAACUUUAUUCUCACCACUCCUGUGAAGAGUGUAUGGAUGUUUUACGAUAAUCGUGUAAAUAUGUUGCAAGAGAGACGUCUCACUCAUUUGUAUAGCUUAUUACGUGGCCAACAGCCAACUCCCUAUCUCAAGUUAACGGUACAAAGAGACAAUUUGAUUCAAGAUGCCCUGAUAAACCUUGAAAUGAUUUAUCAAGACAACCCUCAUGAUCUCAAGAAACAGUUAUUUGUUGAGUUUGCUGGUGAACAAGGUCUAGACGAGGGUGGUGUAUCCAAAGAAUUUUUUCAGUUGGUGGUCGAGCAUAUUUUCAAUCCUGAUUAUGGCAUGUUCACGUACGAUGCAGGAACAAGACAGUGUUGGUUUAAUCCUACGUCAUUUGACGGGCAUAAUCAGUUCACGUUGAUCGGUUUAAUAUUGGGUCUUGCAAUCUAUAAUAAUAUCAUACUAGAUGUACAUUUUCCAAUGGUCGUGUACAGAAAACUGUUUGGUAGAAGUGGUAGUUUGGUUGACCUGAAAGAUUCGCAUCCCGUGAUCGCCAGCAGCCUGCAGAAUAUGCUGGAUUUUGAAGGAGAUGUUGAAAAUACAUUCCUCUGUUCGUUUGUAAUCAGUUACACAGAUGUUUUCGGAAAUGUUUUAACUCACGAGUUGAUGGAAAACGGUAAAAAUAUACCGGUCACAAACGAAAACCGGAAGAAAUACGUCGAUCUCUACGUAGAUUACAUUCUCAACAAAUCCAUUGAAGACCAGUUUCGACCAUUCAAGCAGGGUUUCGAUAUGGUCACCAAAGAAUCACCUUUGAAACAACUAUUUCGACCAGAGGAGGUGGAACUGCUUGUUUGCGGCAGCAAGGAUUUCGAUUUUGAAGCUCUUGAGAGUACGACUGAGUAUGAAGGAGGUUUUACUGAAAGUUCACCAAUCAUAAGAUGGUUCUGGGAAAUUGUUCACAACUUCACCCUCGAACAAAAGAAACAACUUCUGAUGUUUAUCACAGGCAGUGAUCGCGUACCUAUUGGUGGCUUGGCAAAACUUAGACUUGUUAUUGCGAGACAAGGUCCUGAUUCUAACAGCCUUCCAACCGCCCACACCUGUUUCAACGUGAUGCUCAUGCCUGAUUACUCCAGGAAAAGCCAGUUAGAGGAGCGUCUUGUGAAAGCAAUAACCUAUAGUAAAGGUUUUGGCCUAAUAUAAUGACUAAAAUGAUCGAAUUGACUUUGAAUGCAGGAACGUUAUUGUCUUGUAUUUGUGUACAUAAAAGUUUCAAAUAUUGUUAUGCCAGUUGAGUUGGUGUGAUAAUGUGUAUGCAAGUUGUGUUUGUAUAUUGUGACGCUUUUCAAAUGUUAAAUGUGAGGUUGUCUUUAGUUUAAUUUCAUAAUGCCCGCGUCUUUAGUUCAAUUUUAUAAUGCUCUUUUCUGCAUUUUUUACAACGUUCGCCUUUUUCGAGCCUGACCUGUUCAUUUUGCUAAACAGAUCAAUUCUGAUGGUUUGCUUUUCUGUUAUGCCGCUAUGCAAUGCGCUUUUCGGCUC